CUGCUACUAUAAAAAGACAUCUCCAAGCUUGUAUCAAUCAGAACCAGAACGAUCUUCGACUCGAUCGCAUUACAGCAACUAACCCAAACCUCCAUCCAGCAAUCAUGAAGUGCAUCGCAGCUGUAGUCAUGGUGGCUCUGGCCGUCGUAGUCGAGGGUGGUAUUGUUUCGGUUCCGGUGGUCUACUCCGCUCCCGAGACGACCGUUGUCCAGCAGAACGUUGCUCCGAAGUACGUUGUCCCUGCCCCGCUCACCUACGCCGCUCCCGCUAUUUCCUAUGCCGCUCCGGCCUACUCCUAUGCUGCACAAACCGUCUCCCAUGCCGUCCCAGCCGUUCGCACCCUCUCCUAUGCUCGUGUCGCAUCGGUAGCCCCGGUUGCCUACUCCGCUCCGACAUUCUACUCUGAUUCAGACGUUGUAGAGGCCGCUCCAGUAGCCGUUGCUCCUGCUGCCACCGUCGUCGCUCAGCCCGCCGUAGCUGUUGUCGCCCAGAAGGAAGCUCGUUAUGUGGCCGCCAACCGAGGCGCUGUCCAUGAGGCUCCUCUGACCGGACACGCCGUCAACCAGCAAUCACUGAACGUUGAGCCAGCUCCAGGAACUCUGUAAACAUUUCACUUAAUUUCAAAUUAAAAUCCCAGUCUCAUGGAUUCAAUAAUCCUACAUAAUUUUUAAAACAUGCUGUCGUUUGUAUCUUUUUAU